CCAGUUUCCGGCACACCCGGAAGCAGAUCGCGCUGGGAGGAGGCCACGUCGCUGUGCCUGUGUUUUUGUCUACCUGGAUUAAACGUGUGGUUUGCUCCGUGAACCCGGAUUAAAUGUUUACUUUGUUCCAUCUACCUGGAUUAAACAUGCGCUUCGCAGUCCAUUCUCCAUACCUGUGACCUCGGGAUCGCUACGGACCUUAAAAUACCCGCUACGGCCCCUUCGUCCCAAUGGUCCUUACACCAGAUUCAUUUAUCUUGAAACGGCGGGCAGCUGCAGUUACACACCUCAAUCCAUGAUUUGACUUUUAAAGAAUUAAUUAUAUUGACUGAGAGAGAAGCCCAGAAGAGGAAUAAAAAAGAAAAGGAGUCAGGGAUGGCUCUUACUCAGGGAUCUUUGACAUUCAAGGAUGUGGCCAUAGAGUUUUCUCAGGAGGAGUGGAAAUGCCUGGAUCCUCUUCAGAAAGCUUUGUACAGGGACGUGAUGUUGGAGAACUACAGGAACCUGGGAUUCCUGGCAGGACUCUGUCUUCCUGACCUGAAUAUUAUCUCCAUGUUGGAGCAGGGAAAAGAGCCCUGGACUGUGGUGAGCCAAGUGAAAAUAACAAGGAACCCAAAUUGGGGGGAAUGCAUGAAAGAUGUGAUCACAGGUAUCUCUCCUAAAUGUGUGAUCAAGGAAUUACCACCAAUACAGAACAGUAAUACAAGAGAAAAAUUCCAAAUGGUGAUGUUGGAAGGACAUGAAAGCUGUGACACUGAAAAUUUUUACUUCAGGGAAAUCCAGAAAAAUCUACAGGACCUUGGCUUUCAACAGAAAGAUGGUGAAAUAAAUUAUAAAGAAGUGCCGAUGACCCGUAAAAACAACCUUACUGGUAAAAGACUUCAACAUAGUCAAGGGGAUGUAGAAAACAAGCAUAUUGAAAAUCAGCUUAUAUUAAGCUUUCAGUCACAUCUGGCUGAACUGCAGAAAUUUCAAACUGCAGGGAAAAUUUAUGAAUGUAAUCAAAUUGAGAGGACAGUUAAUAAUGGUUUUUUAGUUUCACCACUUGAAAGGAUUUUUCCUAGUGUCCAAACCAACAUUUCUAGAAAAUAUGGGAAUGAUUUUUUGCAACUUUCAUUACCUACACAAGACAAGAAAACACAUAUUAGGGGAAAACCUUACAUAGGUAAUGAGUGUGGCAAAGCCUUUAGAGUGUCUUCAAGUCUUAUUAAUCAUCAGAUUACUACAGAGAAAUCUUACAGAUGCAAUGAGUCUGGCAAAGCCUUUAAUCGGGGCUCACUACUAACUGUACAUCAGGUAGUCCAUUCAAAAGGGAAACCAUAUCAAUGUGAUGUGUGUGGCAAGAUCUUCAGGCAAAAUUCAGAUCUUGUAAAUCACCAGAGAAGUCACACCGGAGACAAACCCUACAUAUGUAAUCAAUGUGGCAAGUCCUUUAGUAAAAGUUCCCACCUUUCAGUUCAUCAGAGAAUUCAUACUGGAGAGAAACCUUAUAAAUGUAAUCAGUGUGGGAAGUGCUUUAGUCAAAGUUCCUCUCUUGCAACUCAUCAGACAGUUCAUACUGGAGACAAACCCUACAAAUGUAAUGAGUGUGGCAAAACCUUUAAACGGAACUCAAGCCUCACUACACAUCAUAUAAUCCAUGCAGAAAAGAAACCAUAUACAUGUGACGUAUGUGGCAAGGUUUUUUAUCAAAGUUCACAACUUGUAAGGCACCAGAUAAUUCAUACUGGAGAGACACCUUACAAAUGUAAUGAAUGUGGCAAGGUCUUCUUUCAACGUUCACGUCUUGCAGGGCAUCGGAGAGUUCAUACUGGAGAGAAACCUUACAAAUGCAAUGAAUGUGGCAAGGUCUUCAGUCAACAUUCACAUCUUGCAGUGCAUCAGAGAAUUCAUACUGGAGAGAAACCUUACAAAUGUAAUGAAUGUGGCAAAGCCUUUAAUUGGGGCUCAUUACUCACUAUACAUCAGAGAAUUCAUACAGGAGAGAAACCUUACAAAUGUAAUGUGUGUGGCAAGGUCUUUAAUUAUGGUGGAUACCUUUCAGUUCAUAUGAGAUGUCAUACUGGAGAGAAACCUCUCCGUUGUAAUAAAUGUGGCAUGGUCUUCACUUACUAUUCAUGCCUAGCACGUCAUCAGAGAAUGCAUACCGGCGAGAAACCUUACAAAUGUAAUGUAUGUGGCAAGGUCUUCAUUGACAGUGGAAACCUUUCAAUUCAUAGGCGAAGUCAUACUGGAGAGAAACCUUUCCAGUGUAAUGAAUGUGGCAAGGUCUUCAGUUAUUAUUCAUGCCUAGCACGUCAUCGGAAAAUUCAUACUGGAGAGAAACCUUACAAAUGUAAUGAUUGUGGCAAAGCCUAUACUCAGCGUUCAAGCCUCACUAAACAUCUGGUAAUUCAUACUGGAGAGAAACCUUACCAUUGUAAUGAGUUUGGCGAGGCUUUUAUCCAAAGUUCAAAACUUGCAAGAUAUCACAGAAAUCCUGCUGGGGAGAAACCACACAGAUGUAGUGAAUGUGGUAGAACUUUUAGUCAUAAAACAAGUCUGGUGUACCAUCAGAGAAGACAUACUGGAGAGAUGCCAUAUAAAUGUAUUGAAUGUGGGAAAGUCUUUAAUUCCACUACAACCCUUGCAAGGCAUCGGAGAAUUCAUACUGGAGAGAAACCUUACAAAUGUAAUGAAUGUGGCAAAGUCUUCCGUUAUCGCUCAGGCUUAGCCCGUCAUUGGAGUAUUCAUACUGGAGAGAAACCUUACAAAUGUAAUGAGUGUGGCAAAGCCUUUAGAGUGCGCUCAAUUCUGCUUAAUCAUCAGAUGAUGCAUACUGGAGAGAAACCUUAUAAAUGUAAUGAAUGUGGUAAAGCUUUUAUCGAAAAGUCAAACUUGGUUUACCACCAGAGAAAUCAUACUGGAGAGAAGCCAUACAAAUGUAUUGAAUGUGGCAAGGCAUUUGGGCGGCGGUCUUGCCUCACUAAACACCAACGACUUCAUUCUGGUGAUAAACCUUAUAAAUGUAAUGAGUGUAGUAAAUCUUACAUUAGUCGCUCAGGCCUCACUAAACAUCAGAUAAAACAUACUGGAGAGAACCUUAGAACUAAACUGAAUGUGGAAAGGCCUUUAGACAUUGUCCUAACUUCUGAGAUCACCAAAUAAUUUAUACUUACUGAUAUAGCUUGUAUAUUUGUCCCUUC